UUGGUUGCGGGCUGCGAGGUACGCGGGAGGCGAGUCCCAGCCGCCACAGCGGUCGCUGCCAGUGUCAACACCAGCCAGCACCUGAACAUCACGGGACCGGGACGAUCGAAACGACCGAAUCUCACGAUAGCUAGUCACCGACUUGCCGAUACACCGAUACCCGAGCCGCAAACCUUCACUUUUGUUGAACGCUACAGCAGCCGAACUCCCCACUACGAUGAAAGCGAAGGCUUUCACUGUUUCUCGCACUCGAUGUAUCUACAGUCGCACCAGCCGGUUGUACCAAUCCUUGCACAGAUAUAA